AUGAAUAAUUUGGUAUUGUAUCUAGGGCCACGUACAAAUUCAACGACGAUGAUUCGCAAUCGAGUCCGGGCGCUGAUGAGGUUUGGUUUUAUGGAUUUGCUAAUUGCUCUAGGGUAUUCAGCAUUGCUUGUAAAGGCCUACGAGUCCAAAUUCUUCUCGGAAAUGACUUCGGGUGCAGAAGUCCAAACCCUUUACAACUUAUUGCAAUCAUCACGAAUUUGUCGUUCAAUUGCUGGACCACAUGCGAACUUACCACCAACGCUUAUAGCAGCCCAGCCGUUUCUUUAUGCUCAGAUGCAGGCGCUCAAGGUAUGCAGUUGUAAUCUGAUUGGAGAUUUCGUUUCCUUCGAAGUACUCAACGUUUUAUCACUCAAAUUAUAUCGCUAUUCUCAGUGGUCGGAGACGCUCUGCAAUACACAUGAGAUCGAUCCCGGCGCUCCAGGUUCACCAAGCCCUCCGUCUCUCCGGGUUCGGCAAAUUGGUACCAGACUUGUCCAGGAGGUUAGCAGCAUUAGCUCGAUACAUCGGUGA